AUGGCCAUGAAGGCGUAUCUAGCUGUAAUCUCCGGUGAUUCCCUCCUCUUGCGCGGAAACGCGGGGCCCGAGGGACAAUUGCCCAAGGAACGCGUCCUCCAUUUGGCCGAUAUUGUUGCUCCUAGGCCGGGCACUGCACAGAGAGAGGAUGAGCCAUGGGCCUUCGAGUCACGCGAGUUCCUCCGCGCCUUCAUUGUCGGCAAACCCGUUACAUUCUCCGUUACGCAUGCACUUCCACCUAACGAAGAUGUACCGCGCGAUAUCGGUACUGCAGAAAUCGGGGGUGUAGACCUCGCUUCAGAACUGCUGAAGAAUGGGUGGGCCAAGCUGAAGGAAUUAAAGAGGGAGCCAACGGAAGACGAUCUGGUGAAGCGGGACCUGGAAGCUGAAGCAAAGGCUUCGGGCAAAGGAGUAUGGAACCCUCAUGGCCAGAAGGCUCGAACUGUGCAUUAUAUGAUGCCCACGGAUUCACAAGGCUUCAUCUCAGAGUGGAAGGGCCGCCAAUUGGAUGCAAUCGUCGAGCAAGUUAAGGAUGGUUCGACGUUCCGUCUUCGCCUGCUGAUGCCAGAGGGUGACCAUCAAUUCAUUAAUCUUGCCCUUGCCGGGGUGCGGUGCGCGCGCUCAGCCGGCCGGCUGGGCGAGGUGUCAGAGCCGUGGGGUGACGAAGCUAGGUUCUUCACCGAGACGCGUCUUCUCCAGCGGUCAGUGCGCGUUCAGCUGCUGUCACUGCCGAAUGCAACCACCACGCCUUUCCAAUCUGCGGCAAACGCGACUGCCCCGCCGCCUGCCACCAUUUUCAUUGGAUCCGUGUUGCAUCCGGCUGGCAACAUCGCAGAGCUGCUCGUCAACUCAUGUCUCGCACGAGUCGUAGACUGGCACGCUGGUAUGCUUGCUGGCAGCGGUCAGAUGGAGCGACUGCGUGCGGCUGAAAAGAUUGCAAAGGAGAAGCGCGGAUAUCUAUAUGCCAACGUACCAUUACCAUCUACCAAGACGAGUGGUACGGCAGUGAACGGUAGCUCUCGCACAUUCGACGGGACUGUUGUCCGUGUAUGGAGCGGUGAUCAAAUUUCGGUCAUUGACCGGGAGACAGGAAAAGAGCGCAGGUUGCAGCUCAGCUCGACAAGAGGCCCAAAACUUUCGGAUCCUAAACAGGCAUAUUAUGCGCAGGAAGCACGAGAAUUCCUCCGCAAGCGCCUGAUUGGAAAGCACGUCAAGGUACAUGUCGACUUCAUUCGUCCAAAGGACGGCGAAUACGACGAGCGGGAGUGCGUAACCGUCCGCUACGGUAAUCAAAACUCGAAUAUUGCCGAGCAGCUCAUUGAGAAGGGUUUGGCGAGUGCUCUCCGUCACAGACGUGACGAUGAGGACCGUUCGCCUGAUUACGAUAAGCUCUUGGAGGCGGAGCAAGCUGCUGCAGCAGAGGGGCGCGGUAUUCAUUCUGGCAAGGAACACCCUCCACCGAGGCAGCCACUGAACAUUUCAGAGUCGCAUAACCGAGCAGCACCAUUUAUGAAUGGCUUCAAACGAAUAGGCAAGAUUCCGGGCAUUGUUGACUAUGUCGCUGCAGGCUCUCGAUUCAAAGUAUACCUGCCGAAGGACAACCAAGUCCUCACGUUGGUACUCGGUGGUAUUCGUGCGCCACGUACGGCCCGCAAUCCAUCUGAAAAGAGCGAGCCAUACGGUCUCGAAGCGUCUGAUUUCGCUACGCGCCGUUACAUGCAACGCGAUGUUGAAAUCGAAAUACACGACGUCGACAAAUCCGGUGGCUUCAUCGGCGCGCUGUACUACAACAAGACCGACAACGCCGCAAUUACACUGGUACGCGAAGGUCUUGCAACAGUUCACUCUUAUUCCGCAGAUGGUCUGUCGUGGUCGCGUCAGCUCUAUGAUGCAGAGGCGCAGGCUAAACAGGAAAAGCGGAGCGUCUGGAAAGAUUAUGACGAGACUGCUGAGGAGGUUCAGGAAGUCAUUCCCGAAAACGAGCAUGGUGCACUGAAACCCGAAUACCUGGACAUCAUCAUCAGCGACGUUCGGGACAAGAAUGGCUUCGGUUUUUCUGUUCAGAUUCUGAACACUGAAGGCAUUGCAUCACUUGAGAAGCUCAUGCGUGAUUUCUCGCUGCACCAUGCAGGUGCUGCCCCUGCUCCUGGGUUUGUCCCAAGAAACGGUGACCUAGUGUCCGCCAAAUUCUCUGACGGCUCAUGGUACCGAGCAAAAGUGCGCCGUGCAUCGCCCGUUAAGAAAGAGGCAGAGGUAACGUUCAUCGACUAUGGGAACCAAGACACCGUCAGCUUCUCAGACGUCAGGCCAUUGGACGCUAAGUUCCGAUCGCUGCCUGGCCAGGCUCACGAUGCGCGCCUCAGCUUUAUUAAACUGGUAGGACCAGAGAGCGAAUACUACCAAGAAGCUAUUGACCGCUUCCGCGAGCUCUGCGAAGGUCGCAAGCUUGUCGCAAACAUUGACCACCGAGAAGGUCCUGUACUUCACCUCCGUAUCAUCGAUCCCACCGAUCCCACCGCACAAACCGACCCCCUUGCAUCUAUCAAUGCGGGGCUUCUGCGAGAGGGACUGGCCACCAUCGACCGCAAAAACUGUCGAUAUCUUCCCGCGUACCCGAACGUUGUGAAGCACCUCCAGGAGGCUGUCAACCUCGCGAAGCGAGAGCGUCAGGGCAUAUUUGAGUUCGGCGAUGUCGAGGACGACGAGUAA